CUCGCUCUCUCUCUAACACAGACACAUGCAAAUACACAGAAACAUAGCCCACUCUCUCCAGUAGAUUUUAAACAGACCUCAGAGAAAGAGAAGAUAAACAUACAGGCAGGAAGGACUAACCAGGGACGGAGAGAGGGAGAAAGAGAGAAGGAGAGAGAGAGAGAGAGAGAGAGAGAGAGAGAGAGAGAGAGAGUGAGCAUCCAGCACCAACACUUUCUGCUUCUAUUGAAAGGAGAGAAACUACAGACCACAACUAUCACCUUCUAAUAGUGAUCAGAAGUCCUUAAUAUUAUUCUUUCUAAUGUUGAUCUUCUCUCUUUUCUGGACAACAAAGCAGGAGGGACCUUGAUUUUUUUAAUUGGAUAUUUCACAAGAUCUGCUGUUCCCCACUCCUGUUUUCACUAUUAAAAAAUCCUUGAAUUUUUGACUUUGGGGCAAAGUGUUCGGGGUGUGAUUUCGAGUCAACUCCAAGAUGGUGAACCGUGCUGGGAUGCCCGCUGUGAAAUGACCACUGUGCUGCUGGCAUCGGUGACACUUCCAGGACACUUCUGAAGAUCCGCUCAUUCCCGUCACCUCAGGAACCCAACGUAAAGCCCCAGAGGUGUCCUCUGCCCAGCCUCAAGCGCAUCCCUUCUUGGAAAUGACUCUCCUCCUAUUUAGAGGAUUCUCUGAUGUGCCUUGAUCAGCCCGAGCCCUACACCCUGGCCCCUCGCUUGGCUUCCUCUGCAGAAGGAUGGAUUUGGCGCUCUCUCACAGGAUGGAUCCCGAUGGCCUGGACCUGCAGCAGGUGCAGGUUCUCUCCAUUGACCAAAUCCGGGCCAUUAGGGCCAGUAACGAUUACGUGGAACGACCACCGGUCCUGGAGCUUGGCCCUCCGUCAGGCCUCAUCCUCCUAGACCAUGAUGACGAGCGUCCUGGCCCACUGCCACGCAGCCAGAGUCAACACCAGCACAGCCACCUCGCGCACCUGAGCCGUUCCAGCACCGUGAGCUCCGUGUCCCGUGGCAGCGCAGCGUCCGACCAGAGGCUGCUGCCCAGUCGGGCGUCCUCCAGCUCUGCCCUGGCGCCAGCCAUUCGUGUCCAGCCCAAGGGUGAGCUGAAGCCCGGGGAGGGCUUGGGGAAGACACUGACCGAGGGUGAGGAGAUGGCCCGACACCUCUUCAUCUGUGAGCGCUGUGGCAGGUGCAAGUGCCAGGAGUGCGGCACACCUCGCAGCCUGCCCUCUUGCUGGGCAUGUGGCCAACGUUGCCUUUGCUCGCCAGAGGCCGCCGUUGAGCACGGUACGUGCCUCUGCUGUGUCAAGGGCCUAUUCUACCACUGUUCUGCUGAUGACGAGGACAACUGUGCCGACCGGCCCUGCUCUUGUGGCCCUGCCCAUGCCUGCGCCCGCUGGAGCACCAUGGCGCUCGUGUCACUCUGCCUGCCCUGCCUCUGCUGCUACCCACCCGCCAGGCUGUGCCUAGCUCUGUGCCAACGGGGCUACGACCGCGCUACACGUCCCGGCUGUCGCUGCAGCAACACCAACACCGUGUGCCGCAAGAUCUCCUCCUCCAAUCCAGCGCCGUUCCCAAAGUCUCUGGAGAAGCCAGUAUGACAAGGAGAAUCUUCACCGAGCCUCCUGCACCCAAACGCCACUUCCACGUGAGGAGGGACCAAAGCACCUCAAUGAGACUGAUGAAGCAGUCCUGCAACCUACACCACCAUGACCCAACAAAGUAUACCUACACCAUACUCACAAUGUAAUACUGCAUUGCUAUGUCUUCAUUUGAAUUUACUUAUUUAUUCAACGUCCUCUCAGCAAGACAAGUAUGUUACUUCCAUAGCAAGUCAACCCAGAGGACGAAAUUCUAAACAUUCAUCAAGGUACUACCAGGCAUGUGUGGCAAAAGCUUUGGUUAACGGUGUUCGUCAACAGAAUGUUCACUGGUAGCAGCCUUUCCAUGAACUCUCAAACUGCAAAGGGGAAAAAAGCAAACAAAAAAACAUAAAAUAAGGUGCGACAGGGUGCCGGUUUUAUCUAAACGGAUACAGAAGCCAUUUCUGAAAGUGGAAGUGAUCAUGCAAGAUGGAAGCUGCUUUCGCCAUUUCAGAAGAAGGAGAAGGACCGUAAAUGAAAGAAUGGCACUGUGAGAGAAACUCCCACUGCUGAGAUUCUAUGGCAGGAUGUUCGGAUGCGUAGGUUCUUCAAAUGACAGAUGAAGGUGUGUGCAUCCUGCGUGUGGUGCCAUUCUGGGAUGUGCAAAGGCGUUGGGAAGGGCUGCAAGUCCCAAAAGAGCAGCCAACCCCAUAGAAAGACUGGAAGACUGGUCGUACCCCUCUGCUGCGCCUUACCUUGUCACGGCUACAAAACUCUGGAAGUGGGUUGGGCAUAAGGGACCAAAAAAACUGAACUGUUGCACAUUCCCUUUCAGAAAGGACAGCCGUGUGGGGCCUCAUGAAGCAUGCCAGAAACUAAUCUGCCCGAGGAGAUGCGGAAGAGAAUCGCCAGGGACGACUGACACCUGGGCUCGUGCAUGCAAUUUUUUGAAAAUGAAAAGCAGAUCACAGGUUGGGGUUGAAUUGAGGGCAAAGGGCAGUGGCGAGGCUGACUGUGACGUGCACCACUGCAAGCUGAAACAAGAGACAAGUUUUGCAUUGACUAGGAUUCUGCGCGACUGAGAUGUGAGGAAGAGGACAAGAUUUGGUCCUUAAAUGCACUGAUGUCUAUCUGGGAUGUGAAAAUUUACACACAGUUUCAACUGUGCAUAGUCAUUUAUAUGCAUAUUCGUCUUAUUUGUUCAAAUUACUUUUGGUAUAUUUUUCUAUGUAAACAUGAAUAUUAUUCUAUUGUUAUUUUUACCCGACUUUUAAUACUCCACUAAUUGUUGAAUUUUGCCCUGAGUCAGAAGCCUGAUCAGUGCUUUCACAGUAAACCACUUUGUAUUGUGGGGGAGAAGUCCGUUUAAUGGAGGUGCACCGGCACGUGCUCUGUGCCACUGACGGUGACCUACUGACCGUCGCCGUAACGUUAUCGCAAUUAUCAGUCGGACGCGACGCUUUCAGACAUACGUGCAUGCUGUCGAUAUACGUCAGUGCGCAGGAUUCCACCGGGGGGAGGCCAGUCUGGAUUGUGCACCUCUAAGGAAUCUGUGUAGAACAUGGCAACCCCUCUUCCUUCUGCUCCACCUCCUUGCAAAAACACCUCUCCUCCAUAAUGCAAGACCUAAUACACCCUCCUUCAUGCAAUCCUGUUCUUGGCUGGGCUCAGUGAACGAAGGUGCUCAGUGUGUUGGUACAUGCAAAUUCUCUCCUCUUUAAAGCCAUCCUGGUGCUGUAUGCAGACUGUAGGCUCACCACUAUCAGUUCCCUUGUUGUAUUCCUAAGUAUUGCUUUGGUACAACUGGCAUCCUGUAUGUUGUAAAAGAAUUUAAGGAGUAUAUGAAAUAUAUAAAUAUAUAAAUAAGAUUAUAUAUAAAUAAAUAUAUGAAUAUAAAUUUUACAUUUAUUUUUUCCGUUGCCAAUGUUGUUGACAGGUCACAGAUAUUUAUUUAAACUAUGAGAGAGAGGUAUUUAUUUAAUGGUGAAGAUAUGGCCCUUGUGACGAUGACUUUUAGCUUUCUUUUCCUUGGAGCGACUGGACACCGUGGCCCUUUUCGGUUGCAGGUGGCUAAUAAAGAGUGUUUUUAAGUGG